AUGAGCCAAAAUUAUCUUAAUACACAAAACCCCACUAGAGUAACACCAACUAACCCUGAUUAUUAUUCUUCGCAUAUUUUUUUACUUUACAUCCUGCGAAAUGAUAUUAAUCAAACACAAGCAAAUGCUAAUAAUGAACCAACUUACCAUAAUACUCAACCGCACUCAAGACAAGAAUUGUUAUCCCCGUGGAUACCUUCACCUAAAUUACUCGCUCUACUUCAUCAAUUCAAUACUAAGAUCCUAUAUGACCACCCUCAUAUACCAUGUUGUUAUUGUUCAAUAUUAAUGUUUGAAUCAACAACACAGUGGAUCACAGUUGAACCUAAUGCACAAUAUACAUUACCAUUAGCAUUUCCUGAAAUACCUAUACACGUAAAUGCAAAUAACACAAAAGUCGCUAUUUGUGCCAGCUGCAAAACAAAGAAAACUAGAAGAUUUCCACCAAUAUUAUCUCAAAUUCCUCCGGAAAUUCAAAAUGUACCGAUGUAUCACCGUAAAUACUUAUCGCCUAUUCGCUUAUUCUGCUCUUUAGGAAGAGCUGUCGGUUCCAAUCCAUAUACAACAUAUCGAUUUCUAAAAGGGGAUAUCUCCCUAAACGCCAGUAUGUGGCUCAAAGAAAACAAUCCGUUAUUAAACCGUUACAAAGACCUAUAUAACAUUGCUAUACCACGCUCAACAGAAUCAAUACCAACCCCUUUACCAACAGCCACACAAAUUACUCCCACAAAUUCUUACUCAUCCAACUUACCACAAUUAGUUGUUCCAAAUCACUCUUUUCUACUCGAAACACAUAACGAAGAUUAUAGAUACACUAAUCUGCUAGCCGGUAUCAUUAAACUAGAUAACCGAAAUUUUCCAAUAUCCUAUAAUGAUAAAAAUCUAGAAGCCAUGAUUUUUCCUGACCUUUUCCCUAUGGGAAAAGAAACCUCCAUAAAUGACCUUAUUAAAUGUGAAUUUAUAAGAGCCGACUUACCAGACCCCGUUACUGAACCACUACUGUACCAACUGGUAUCUACCUACCAGAUUUAUAGGUGCCGUCCAGAAUUAUGCCAAGGUCCAGGUACUGACACAAACCCUUGCAAGAAAGGUUUUUCCCAACCUUUAUCAAUCACAACACAUGUCAACUCCAGUUCUCUAAGAUAUACUUAUAAACGUCUAAAGCAACAAGACCGUUGGGUAGUCCUCUACAACCCAGAAACCUUACUAAUUUGGCAAGGUCAUAUAAACUUUCAGUACGUCACAACAAAUGGGUUUGCAAAAUAUGUUACUAAAUAUGUAACCAAACCUGAACCUUCAGAACUUUUUACAGUCAGUGAACGAGAUGACUACCUAUCAACUAACAUGAUCCACAGUCAACGUACAUUACCUACCAUCAACUCAACCUACCUAGUAGGUCUAAGACAAUCUUCCAAUUCAAUCAAUGAAAUCUUGU